AGUUUGUACACAUGUCAUGAUGGAACGCGAAUCCCAUUAAGAUAUCAAUGUGAUGGUGAUAAUGAUUGUUCCAAUGGCGAGGAUGAACAAAACUGCAAUGUCAAUUGUGCUAAAAACGAAAAAAAGUGUGAAGAUACGACCUGUAUACCAGCUAAUUGGUGGUGUGAUGGUGAAUUCGAUUGUCCAGAUUCCAGUGAUGAGAAACAAUGCCCAGCCAUUGUAUAUGAACCUACUGGUGAAUUUACAUGUCAUGACCAGUCCAAGAUAUCAAUACAAUUUCAUUGUGACGGCUCUCCAGACUGCCCUGAUGGAUCAGAUGAAGUCAAUUGUACCCAUACAUGUGGACCAAACCAAUGGAAAUGUGAUUAUUUUGAUUGUAUACCGGUUACUUGGUGGUGCGAU